AUGCCAAUCCGAGGAUACCACCAAUGCCCUUUUAUUUAUGACAAGCAGCCGUACAGCCACACAGAAAACCAUCCUCUUCUCCUCGGGCGCGUGUGGCGAUGGGUUCGUCUGCCUCUGCUCGGAAGGUCGUGGCUUCUUCGGAGGGAGAGCUCCAGCGUCUUGCAAGUGGGCGGGGGGUCGCGCAGGAAGGUGUCGAGGACCUUGACCCACGCCGAGAAGAAGAUCGAGUACAAGAGUCCGUUUCAAGCUGUCGAGGACGUGGUGGUGGUGGUGGAGGAGGACCCCAGCGGGAGGGGGUGCAUCUCCCUCCCCCCGCCCCCCGCCCUCCAAGACCAGCCAGGGAGACGACCUCACGUCAAGGAUGUGGUGGAGGUCUUCAAGGACUCCGGGACGGGAUCCAACAACACGCCCUCGACACUCUGUAGCGACUCCGGGACUGGCAACUGCAACCUGACGUAUCACGAGCGGCGCGAGGAGGCGGGUAACCUGGCCAUCGUGCCCAUCCCGGUGUUCACGAGGCAGCAGUACCGGGUCGUCACGCCCACGUCCGCCGCCCGCCACACCCACCGGGUCCGCCGCAUCUGCUCCUCCGCCUCCGCCCGCGCCGCCUCCGCCACACGCCCGCACAACCACCCGCAGAACGCCCAAGACAUGGCCUCGGGCUCCCCGCCCUCCAACGUGGUCACGGGGCGCCGCCACUCCUGGUGCUGCCCCCAGGACGGCCUCGACGCCAAGCAGUACCGCACGCAGAGCACCCAGACGUUCAAGUCCCCGAAGAACGGCGACUCGGCGGAGCUCAGCCCCCAGCACCCCCCCGGGGGCCAGCGCUGCGACCACCGCGAGCCGCAUCACCUCCACGACCACGAGCACCUCCCGCCCUUCAGCGACCUGGGCCCCUCCCACGACGGGCGCCGGCCGAGGGGCGCCGACGACUACCCGGCCCUGAGCCCCCGCGACCUCCCGGAGCUCUACGUCCCUCGCCCCGGCGGCGACCACGUCAUCGACCUCGACGACGACCCCGUCUUCGUCGUCGCCAGCGCCUGUGAAUAUAAAAGAGACAACGAAAAAAUAAAUGACCAGAAUGACUGUCCUGCACGAAAAAUGAACAAGCAACAUAGAAUAACUCGGAGUAGAGGUUAUGUCAGUGUUGACAUAAAAAGGCUUGUCCUGGGAGAGCUUCUGCUUAAGGGGAACUGCUUGCUUCCAUGA